CUGCUCCGCCUGCCGCCUGCCUGAGCUGCCCGGCGGCCGCCCUGGCCCGGCCCGGCCCGGCCCGGCCCGGCGGCCGCCCGCCUCUGCCGCCGGGACGCUCAAAACCCGAAGUGACUCCUGAAACCCACCCGCGUGUGGAGUGGCUGCCAGCCGGUUCCUCUGCGGGGCUCCAGCCUGCCGGCUCCGGUGCGGAGGAGGCUCCCUGGCUGCUGGUGCCGAAGGAGAGGUCUGCUUGUGCUGGGAAGGACUCCGGUCUGUGAUGGGAACGUUGGUCUGAGCUCGGCAAGGGGAGCCACGAGUGUGGCGAGGAGAUUCGAAUCGCCCAGCUGAGGACAAGGAGAAACAAACCAGAGCUGAUCCACUUCCAUCCCACGGGAGUGCUCCUGGGAGGGUCGGUGCCCGGCGGGAGGAUGGCUCAGGAGACCAACCCGACGCAGGCGCCGCUGCUGUGCAGCACAGGCUGCGGCUUCUACGGCAGCGCCCGCACCAGCGGCAUGUGCUCGGUCUGCUACAAGGAGUUCCUGCAGCGCCAGCAGAGCAGCGACCGCAUCAGCCCCUCGGCACCCACUGGGCCCAGCAGCAGCCCCAUGGCUUCAGACCCCGUUGCGGGGCAAUGUGCGGAGGGGGACUCCACGCCUGAGGAUGCAAAAGCCAGUGCCCAGACUCCUGUGACCCAUCAGAUGACUGCCAUGAGCAUAUCCCGGGAAGAAGCCAGCAGUGAGGCAGAGGAACUCAUCAAGGCAGAGGAAGUCUCAUCAGCAUCUUCCUCAUCAGGUACCCUGCUGGAAGUGCCCCAGAGCGCUGCUGAGGAGAAGGCAGCGGCAGAGAAGCCCAAGCAGAAGAAGAAUCGCUGCUUCAGCUGCAGGAAGAAGAUUGGGCUGACUGGCUUCGACUGCCGCUGCGGGCACCUGUUCUGCGCCAUCCACCGCUACUCCGACAUGCACUCCUGCCCCUACGACUACAAGGCAGAGGCUGCCGAGAAGAUCCGCAAGGAGAACCCUGUCGUUGUGGCCGAAAAGAUCCAGAAGUUGUGAGGGGGCUGAGCAGCUCGGACUGCAGCCCGGUGGCCUGGUGCUCCUCCCCUUCCUCCCAGCCUUCCUCCUCUUCCUCCCGCCUCCUCCUCCCCGGUGGUGUGACGGAGGCUCCGCAGCGCACCGGGACCCGCGGACUCCGCGCACCUCUGCCCCUUCCCUCCCGCCCGGCGCCCGCAGCUCAGCCCACCCCCGCCCGCCGGCCGGGGGCAAAGGCGCUGCCGCCCGCUGCUGCCCGGCGCCGAGCCCUUCGGACUCGUUGUCCCCGGGUGGUUUGCAUGGCAUGGGCAGCAGGGCUCGCCUGGCAGCCUCCCUCCUGCCAGCAGCUGCCAGUCCUGCCAGCGCCGGGGACUCGCGGCUGGAGCCCUGAGCCGCCGCUAGACCUCGCUCCCUCUGCCUCUGUGGCAGCUCUAGAGCCAGGAGCUGGGCACCCCUGGGCAGCAAGGCUGCCUCCCACCCCCAGGAUGCUCAGAAGGGGAUUCUGUAGUUUUGGCACCCCAGAUGCCCGCCCCCCCCCCCCCCCCGCCGCUGUUGUGGAAGCACCGAGGUGGUGGCGCAGCAGGGCACCAGUGCAGGGGAGUUCUUGGUGCCAGGCAGCUGCAGGGCAGGGCUUUGGGCAGGUGCCACUCACUGCCUCGUGCCCCUCACCAUGACCCGUGGGACUCAGGCUAGCCAGGGACACCUUUCCACCAGCCCCUCCAUGCUUCAGCACCCCCAGAGAACCUCUGGCCUGUGCCCCGGGGAGGCUGUGCCCACCUGCACCUCUCCCCUCCCCUCUGUCUCCUCCAUGCCCUCUGCCUUACUCACCUCUUUCUCACCGGAGUUCUGCACAAAGCUCAUCAAACCUCUGCCUCCUCCCCUGCCCCUGCACCCCGCUGGGGACCCUUCCUCCCCCACAGGCUGCACUGAUACUGGGUGAGGACUUUGCCCCUUUCUCCACCUCUCUGCAUGUCCCCCGGGGCAAGAAGUAGGGCCUGAUCCCUGGGAGAUGCUCCCAAAGCUGGACAGAGGCAUCUGGAGUGCAGUGAAAAGCAUGAAAAGGGCUGCAGGGUGUGGGAAAAGUCAUGAGGAGGGCACUGAGGUGCCCAGGAGUGUAGGUGAGGGCUCUCAAAGGAGCCCAUGGAGGGUUCUGGGGAGCAGGGAGAGGCACCUGGGGUCAUAUGGGGCCACAGAAAGACUUGAAAUGGAGUUCUUGGGAGUGCUGUAAAGCUCAGGGAGGGGUACAGGGAGCAAGGGAAAGCAAAGCAGAGUGUUGGGGGUCCAGUGAACGUGCACAGAGUACUGAGGUGUCCCUAAAAGGCACCUGGAAGGCUCUGGGGUGGAAGGGUUCAGCAGCACUCCACAGACACUGCAUAGGGGAGUCUGGGUCUGCCAGCAAGGACAGGGCAGGGCAGGCAGCAGCUCCGGGGUGCACCAGAAGCCAGCUCUGCACCCACCUGGGCUCAGGAUCUGAGCUCCAACCUGGACACCAGGAGCCAGCUGGUGGCUGUGGGGCUCUGAACAGCAGAGGCAGCUGGAGGAGUCCCCGGGGGGGAGCAGCAGCCUCUGCCCCACUCCUGCCCAUCCCAUGCUCUGGAAGCCUUUCCCUUGGCAUCAGCUCGUAUGGGGGCAGUGAGAGCAGAGCAGCUGAGGGAGAUGCCAGCAGCUCCUGCCAGGGGCAGUUCAGGGACUGUGGGGUUUGGGGCUGCCCAUGGGAUGCCAGAGCAGUGCAGGCCCUGCAGCAGCUCCUGCCAAGUGCCACUGCCUGAAGGAUUCUGGCCUCCGAGAAGUGAUGCCAGCCCCAUCCUGGGGCAGAGCAGAGGCCAGGCCAGCUCAUGUUUGCCUCUCCCUUGGGUUUUGGCUGCUGCAGAACAUCAGCCUCAGGUCUAGAGCACCUUCUAGUGCUGGGCCACCAGCGUGGCAAGGCCAAGUGUCACGGCGAGGCGUGGGCCGAGGAUGAGCCACCAGGAGGAGGUUCAAGCAGCCCUUGCUUUGUGAUCACGGUGAGAGGCCCUGGGGAUACAGGGAGCAGCUUCCCGGGGUGCAGAGGGAGAACUCAGAGCCAGCUGGCAGCUGCCUGCUCCUCCACCACCUCCUCCCUCUCCUCUCCUCCCUCCUGGUAAGUGUAAAUAUGAAUACAGUCUAGUUUGCUUGGA